UUUCGGGGCACACACGAGGCGAGACGCGCAUCAGUUUCAGUUUCAGUUGGACGGUUUAUCUGCUGGACGCGGGCGGCAAGUGGGACGUUGGGCCUGCCUCUGGCUGCCACCUCUCGCUGCUCCCCACGGCCGUCGGUGUCGAGGCGAUCCAUGGAUGUGGCGGAGCGGAGCGCAAAAAAAGGGAAGAGCGAGCUGGGCCGGCCACGGCUUAGGUAAGCAGUCAGGGACGCGCCGUUACUUAACGGGCUCUAGAUCAACUUUCCUCAGGCACCGGUCCCUUUUCCCCCCUGGGCCAACAAACAUGGACCAGCCAGCGGAUCCCUCGUCCGCCACCAUGCCCGCCGACGACCACACCCCGUCCCCGACGUCCGACACGCCCCCGCCCACCACCGCGCCCCCUGGCCCCGCCGGCAAGCGCUACCGCCCCGCCCCCGCCAAGACCUUCCAGUGCAGGGGCUACGGCGAGUGUCGCAUGGUCUUUUCGCGCUCCGAGCACCUCGCAAGGCACAUCAGGAAACACACCGGCGAGCGCCCGUUCAGCUGCCACUGCGGCAAGCAGUUCUCCCGCCUCGACAACCUCCGCCAGCAUGCCCAGACCGUCCACUCCGACAAGCAGGACCAGAACGAGCUCAUGAUGAAGGAGCUCACCACCCUCCACGCCACCAUGUCCGCCGCCUCCAAGGGCUCCUCCACCCGCAAGCGCCCCAUCCCCUCGAUCAACACCGCCGCCGCCCAGGCCGCCGCCGACCACCAGCUCUCCGCCGGCGUCAAGCAGGAAGACGCCGGACACGUCCCGCUCCACCAGCGCCCGGGCACCAGCACCGGCUACGAGGGCUCGGACCAUCCCGGGCUCAUGUACCACGCCGGCUCCUGGCACCUCCACCAACACCACCACGGCGCGUCGCCGACCAGCCAUUCCUUUCGUGACCCCGGCCAGUCCUUUCGUGUCCCCCCAGCCGCCUCAUCCACCGCACCAUCUGCCGUCGCUCUCGCCGCCGCUCCCCCUGGACCUCCGUCGUCCCAUAUCCAUGUCCACCAUCACACUUACGUCCACGGGCCAAGCCCCGGCGGCCAUUCCUUUCUGCCCUACUCCUCCCCAUCAUUCAACUUCGGCCUCCCCGACGGCCACGGGCUCGCACCCGCCCCCUCCUCAGGCUGGCGCGAUACACGGCCAGGAUCCAGCAGCAGCCGGCCACCCACUUCAGGCGGCGCAGGGACUGCUGAUCGAACCCUCCCGCCCCUCGCUGCGGUCGUCUCCUCUCAUAUGUCCUCCCGCCCCCAUCCGGGACAGGCGCCCUCUCCACUCAGCACGUACUUCCCUUACCCGGCCGACGACCCGGCACCGCCACUCGGCCCGGCACCGCGCCCGCCGCCUACGCAUCCGCACCAGGCGCAGCUUACGACGGAGGACCUGGCCUGGUCGCAGCUCGCGGCGAGCUACCCCAUCUACCCUCGUUCGGCGGCCUUGGACGACCCUCGCCUACCGAGCUGGCCUUUGCAGGAGCAGCAGCCGCAGCCGGGCGACCCGGGUCCUCUUCUUCCCCGUUCGCCUUUGGAUACGGCGGAUACCUCGGAGUCGGAGCAGGCAGCGGCGUCGGUGGGGGCGGGCCGUCACCCGCAGCGGCCGGCGUCCAUGUCGGCGUCGACGGAGACGACGGCAAUCCGUUCUCUUUCCAGCCGCCGCCGCUCACCAACGACCCUCCACCGCUCUCUCCCGCCCUCGGCGCCGGGUUCGCUCACACCUUCGGCAACAAUCCACGAAAACGGCCUCACGGCGGAGACGAUGAGCCUCGGUUCGUCGACCGGCCUCGGACGGGGACCGCCGGCGCCGGGUCCGGGCUCGAGUACGAGUACGGGACCGAGUCGCGACCCCAAUCUCGGCGGCUCUCUGUCAUGGAGCUCUGCAACGACGAGGACACAGCAGCAAAUGCUGGAGCUGGAGCAUUUCUACCAAUACCAGCAGCAGCAGCAGCAGCAGUUUCUCCUACAGCAGCAGCAGCAGCAGCAACAGCAGCAGGAAGCGGCGGAUUCUAUGGAGAUGGAUCUCCGCGCCCGAGCACGUCCGCGGCCCUUGCCGCUUCGGCGUCCACGCUCGCGAUCGCCGACGACCGCGACGAGCGUUCGCCCCGGUCCAGCGUCAGCCCCCGCGAGAGCCCUGGGCCCGGACCAGGCGCUGGCCUAUUCGGCCGAGCUCGCGCGCCAGCAGCAGGAGCAGAUGCGUGGGCUUAUGCGCGAGGAACAGCAGCAGCAGCAGCACAUGGCGAUGCAUCGUCCACGCCCCGAUAUGGAUAUGGACACGCUGGAUCGUAUGGAUAUGGAUAUGGGCAUGGAUAUGGCGGCGGAUCUCCGGCCUCGUCCUACUCAUCGUCAGCAGCCGCAUCCCCAGCUCUCCUCGCCAGCAGCGUACGAGACGACAGCGCGUCACCACUAUCCGUUCGAGCUCCGGCUCCAGCCCGCGCCGGCGACGCAGAACGGGCGGCCUCUGCCACACCCUCUGUCGGAUCAGCAGGCGCAGGCGCAGGCGGCGCAGCGGGCUCGCCUCGAUCACCCGUAUCGGCAGCCAGCUCCGCAUCGACCGGAUCACGUAGUCCCAUCCCCGCUUCCCUCGCCGGGAUACGCUCCCCACCCUUCGCUUUCACUGCAUGAACGGCAGCAGAUGCAGAUGCAGCACGAGCAUCAGCAGCGCAUUCAGCAGCAGAUGGAGCAGCAGCGCCAGCAGCAGCAGCAGUACCAGGGUUAUCAGGACGCGCAAGCGCUCGACAUCGACUUUUUCGACGCGGACGGCACCGGGGGAGGCGCGGGGAGCCCGCACGGGUCGGCGAGCGGGAACAGCUACGGAUCGUCGUCCGAGCAUGACUAUCAGCAUCUGAUGAUGCACGGCGGAGGGGGCGGUGGGAUGCCGCACCACGGGAUGGCGUACGAGUCGCCGGAGGCGAUGAAGCUCAAUGGGUACGGGAGCCCGGAGCAGCUCCUGCUUCACGCGUACCAGCAGGGCACCCCGCCGCCGAUGUCGUGGGUGGUUUGAAGGAUCGGUUUGGUCGGUGUGUGCUGUUUGGAAUUUUGGAGCGGAACUCUUUCGUGUGAUUUCCUUUUUUCUUCUUCUACUACUUUUUUUCUUUGUCUUCUGGGCGGACAACGGGUUUUUUUAGACUCGCUUUUCGUUUCCCUUUUUUUCGUCUCGUUUUCUAUCGCCAUACUUUUCUCGCCAAAGCUUAGGGUAAUCGUCGCAUUCACGGUCCGGCCGAGUCCCUCACGUCGCAAGUACAUAUAACAUAUCCUUCAGUCUUAUUUUUUUCCCCGCCUCCUCCUUUCGUGCUCGUACGCACUUUCCCCUGUUACAUCACUCGCCUAAUCACCUCCCAUUCCCAUCUUGGCCUCUCUCCC